CUAAUUUUCACGCCAGCAUUGUAAAUGGUGGUUGUGCCACCGUGCCCCAACACAGUGAUCACCUGCCGCCGCCGCCGAUGCCGUCCCCUCGUCUGCCAAAUCCGUCGCCGAAGCUCGUGUGCCUCCCACUCCUUCUCGCGUUCGCCGUCGCCGCGACGCUGUGGUACAGUGCCGAACUCCAUGAGAUACUGGCACGCGUCACGGAUCUCCGCCCCGCACCGCACCCAGGCCCAGGCCCAGGCCCAGGCCCAGCUAUGGUCGCCGCAAUCCGCGACGGGCAGACAUCCUUCGCGCUCCGCCUCGCCAAGCACCUCGCGCCGGCAGGCGGCAACGCCACCAAGGGAAAUGUCGCCUUGUCCCCGGUGUCCAUCCACGCGGCGCUGGCGCUCCUGGCCGCGGGGGCGCGCGGCGCGACUCUCAACCAGCUGCUCGCCUUCCUCGGGGCGCCGUCAGCGGCGGGCCUCGCCGAUUGCGGGCGCCUCAUCGUCCAUCGCGUCCUGGGCGAUCGAGCGGAUUCCGGAGGGCCGCGCGUCCUCUUCAGCGGCGGUAUCUGGAUCGACGCCUCGCGCGGCGGGCUCAAGACGGCGUUCCGGGACGUCGCGGUUCAGUCCUACAAGUCCGAGGCCCGCACCGUGAGCUUCGCCAGCGAGCCGGAGGAAGUAGCCAAGGCGAUCAACAGUUGGGUAAAGAAGGCCACGAACAACCUAAUCGACUCCAUUAUCUCCGCCGACGACUUCGCCGCCGGCACCGACCUCGUGCUCGCCAACGCGGUCUACUUCAAGGCCAAGUGGGACGUUCCGUUCGAACCGCGCCGCACGCGGCCCAGCACGUUCCACCGGCUCGACGGCAGCCGUGUCGAAGUACAGUUCAUGUCCCGGACCAUGUACAGCGCGCAGUACGCCUCGUGCGUCGACGGGUUCAAGGUGCUCAAGCUCCCCUACGAGCACGGCCGAGACGACGUACACAAGCAUGGCCGAGGCGGCGCAGCUGGCGUGGCUUCGCCUGACGCGGACGACACACAGUACUCCAUGUACCUCUUCCUCCCGCACGAGCGCCAGGGGAUCGCCAAGAUGGUGGACGCGAUCACCGCCAAGCCAGACUACCUGUACAAUGUCCUGACCAAGGCGGCGGCUACGACCGUCAGGGUUAUGCUGCCCAAAUUUGAGAUAAGCUUCGAGCGGGACCUUGUCGGUGACCUCCGUCAGCUGGGGCUCUCGCUGCCAUUCUCGUCAGUGUCGGCCGACCUGCAGGGCAUUUUCGAGAAGGAAAGCGGCACAUUCCUGAGCAAGCUUCUGCACAAAGCAGUCGUCAAGGUGGACGAAGACGGGACUGAGGCGGCUGCGGUCACAAUUGGGCUAUUUGAUACUACUGCAAGGCAGCGAGUGCCACCGGUCCAGUUCGUCGUUGACCAUCCGUUCAGUUUCUUCAUCAUGGAGGAGCGGUCAGGGGUGAUCGUCUUCGCCGGCCAUGUCCUUGAUCCCACCAACUGAUCAGCAUAGCAUCGAGAUUACAGAAACUUCCAUGUCAAAAAGAGAUUAUAUAAACUUCAGGCAUUGGCUAUUUGCUUGAUUCUGCUAUCUCCUUGUGCUCAUUAUCUUGGAAAGAACACUACUACAAGCACCAUGGAUGCACGCGUGUCCAGGCCUGGGCGAACAUUGUGCAACAUUGUCGCACUGAAAGGAGUUCAUCAUGGUUCGCCACUACUACAUUUCAGUUUCGCUAACAACAGGGGUUCAGCAUGGUUUCUUUUAUUUAUUUCUCUGCUCCCACCAGAGCCAAAGGAGGCGUACUGUCAUAUUGCGUACUGUAGCUCGUCCGGCAACCUGAAAGUUUCAGCAAGUUUUUCAAAUGGGAACCUGCAUGUGCAUAGUUUGAUUUCAA